AUGCCUCCGGCCGGCGGCCCCCGACCGCCGCGCCCCGCCGCGCUACCCCGCAGCCUGUCCCGCCUGCGCGAGUGCCCCGGCCGCUCCCGCAUCGUGCUGGCGCUCGGGGCCACGCAGAUGGCGCUCGGAUGCCUCAUCGUGGCCGUCAGCUUCGCCGCACUGGCGCUCACCACCUCGGCCCGCGUUCGCCACUCGUGCCCCUUCUGGGCCGGCUUCUCGGUGCUGCUGUCGGGACUCAUCGGUGUUGUUUCCUGGAAGAGGCCCCUCUCCCUUGUGAUAACCUUUUUCAUGCUGCUUUCUGCAGUGUGUGUGAUGCUGAAUUUGGCUGGUUCAAUCCUCUCCUGUCAGAAUGCUCAGCUGGUCAGCUCCUUAGAAGGCUGCCAGUUGAUUAAGUUUGACAGUGUGGAGGUGUGUGUCUGCUGUGAGCUGCAGCACCAGUCAACAGGCUGCAGCAACCUCGGGGAGACUCUGAAGCUGAACCCGCUGCAGGAGAGCUGCAACGCUGUGAGGCUGACCUUGCAGGAACUCCUCUUCAGUGUGUGCGCCCUCAAUGUCCUGUCCACCAUCGUGUGUGCGCUGGCCACAGCCAUGUGCUGUAUGCAGAUGGUCUCCACCGAUGUCCUGCAGAUGUUCCUCCCGCAGAGGACUCAUCCUGCUAACGCUGCCUGCAUGACCCCCCACGGCACCGUCCUGCACCAGACCCUGGAUUUUGACGAGUUCAUACCCCCGCUCCCACCGCCACCUUAUUACCCUCCGGAGUACACCUGUACGCCCUCCACUGAGGCCCACAGGGGCCUCCACCUGGACUUCGCAGCGUCUCCAUUCAGCACCUUGUAUGAUGCGGCCAUCAACAGCCCUGGCCUCCUCUACCCUGCCGAGCUCCCCCCACCGUAUGAGGCAGUAGUGGGCCAGCCCCCUGCCGGCCAGGUUAUAAGUUCAGGUCAGCAGGUGGCAGAGUCUAGCUCCGGGGACCCAGACGCCGCUGCUGGCUUCAGCACACCAGCACCAGCCAACAGCAUGCACCUCCUGGUAUCUGAGGGCACCACCAUGCCAGACCCCAGCCACCCGUCCCCUGACGGCCCUGUGGGUGUCCCAUCACCCCCACCCCCUACCCCGCGCCCUGGCUGCACAUCUCUGGAGGACCCUGGCACAGGCAGGCGGGCACGGCCAGGUCCCAGGCACAUGUCCCGCUCUACCAGCGACCCUACUUCAUGUACGUCUGGUGCAGCAGGUGACGCCUCUUCACACACGCCACUGUACAGCCAGGACCUGGAAGCAGGGCUGUCGAGGGCUGCUUUGGGGACCGCCGUUUCCAUGCCUCGCUCCACGGCGGCUGCCUGUCGGCCCGAGCUUUCACCACCGGGGGACCCAGAUACCUGGAAGACUGACCACCAGCCUGUGCCAGAGGUCUUCCCGGCGGUCUCCAAAGAGCGGCCACGCUCUUUAGUGGACAGCAAGGCCUACGCAGACACCAGGGUUUUGGUGGCUAAGUUUUUAGAACACUCACACUGUGCCCUCCCUCCCGAGGUGCGGCAUGUCGUGAGUGCCAUCCGUGUGGCCGUCUCCUCUGAGGAGCACCCCAUGGAGGACGCCGUCUUUAGCACUGGCCUUCCAGAUCAGGUGUGAAGGAACCACUGGUCUGGAUGAAGACACCAAUGAUACUGGAGCCCUUGCUCUGGCAGAGACCGUGGGGGACCGCUGAAGUCCAUUGUGUCGGCUCAGUUGGGAACAGUUAUUCCAUUUUGAGGUGGAGCCCAUCACUUGUUUCCUCGGGAAUUACAUUUCCUACCUAAUCCAGUAGUUAGGAAAGAGGACUCUUUCCACGGGGAACUCUUUGGUUUAAUCUGGCCCGUGUCACCUUGAAUGGACUGGCAUCACACAAAUACGAGCACAGCAGCGGGUGACACUCAUGUAACUCAAAGACUCUAAGUGUCUUCAAAAAUCAGGGCCAUCCCAACCUGGAUUCUCUGCAUCCCAGUUUAGGUUGAGUGCGAAGUGGAUGGAGGAUGAUGUCAAAUAAUGAGACCAUGUUCUCCUGUGGUUCGCGUUGCUCUGUGAUCCAACUGUUCUUAUUCUAACCUAUUUCCUUUAAAAGGAAAUCGGUAAUUUUAGCACAGAUGGCAGCCUGGGCCCAUUCUUGUGUCUGCAGGGCCACAGGGCUAUUGUCUGAAUAGAUACACUGCCAGGCACAGCCACCCCUUGAGGCAGGGGGAUUUUGCACGGGGCUUGGAAGAGUCCUCCCCCCACACCCCCAUCCCCAUCUCCCUGGGCUCUGCAGCUCCACUCGUUACCUGGAGCAGACACAUUUCAGUUCCUGUUCCCUGAUAGUAAGCACCUUUUCCAAGCCCCUUUGGGGGCCUUCCCUCUUGUCUGACCUCACCUGAUUGACCUUGGUGAGUUAACGUCUGGGGGAUGGAGGCUGCAGGUCUCUGGCGACCAGUUGAGCGGCUGCAGACACAUCAGCUGUGGAGGAGGCUGAUGGCAGACCAUUUCUUUCCAAGAACACACCCACUGUGUUGGCUGUGCAGAAGCAGGCAAGCCGGGUUGGGUUGUAUCGGGAGACUUCGGGCACCUUUGACUUUCUUGGCACCUCUCUCUAGCCCGUUUUCUGGCAACAUCAGUGGCAGCUAUGUCUCAGCAGUGGCCCUGGAGCCACUGUUCAAGAGAACUUUCUGCAGGGAUGCGAUUGCUUGUGUCUGGGCCGUCCAAAGCUGUGCCCUUUGGCAUGUAGGGCUGUGGAGGCCCCGCCACUGUGGCUGGUGUCCUCUGCAUUGGACAGAGCAACCCCAAGCCUGCAGGUCUCAUCAGAGAGCCUGUGGGCCUAGCACAGGUUGUGCAGUGGGGACCAGAGGGUUCCCACCACUGCCAGGCUCAUGCUUCUGUCUGCCCUCAAGCCCCUCCCUCAUCCCUCAGUCCCCAGCUGUACUGGAGGCAGUGUGCAGGGGGCGUGGGGCGGGGAGGGCUUCUGCUGGGAAUGGGUUGGGGCAUCCACCUGGGCUCCCUGCAAACUGAGGGGUGGAAUUCCCCCAGUCAUGGUCAACUUUCAAGGCUCUGGGCUUUACUGAUGUUGUCGGUUGCUGCUUCCUAGAGGUUAGAGAGCCGGAAAAAUAUAAAUCAGGCCUUUUGAUGAUAGCCUGAACUUUUCCAUGAGAGAGGUACUGGAGAUGAAUUUAUAAGCACUUUAUUCAGAAUAGGAAACAGGAAAUCUCUAAUGUUUCUCAAGUGAGGGCUUUUGAAGUCCCCAAAACAGGUCCCUUUGCAGAUAGAGUUAAUGGAUGGAUUUUCAGCAUGGCCUCCCCUGAGUCCAUGACCAAAGCUUUAGCACCCGAAGCCUGGGCUCUGAACGGCACCAUCUCUGAGGUGGGAGCAAGAGCUACCAGCCUCAGGGGUCUCUCACCUGCCUGGGGAGCCCAUGCAGGGCUUAGAGGCGCAUACAGCAGUGUCCCCACUCUGAGGCCAACCCACCCCCACUCUGUGGACCCAGCCUCUGCCGAGUCUUACCAUGAAGCCGGGGUGAGACACCUCUGGACUACCCAGCCUGGUGCUCUGAGUCCUAACCUUCUUCCCCUCUCCCCAGCAGGACCUUGUCCUCCUACCUGCCACGGGAUCCUGCCCAGGCAGUGUCUUUCAGGUGCAGGCCGAUGGUCUGGGGGCUGUUUCCAAGUAUUCACACCCCAACCUCACUCAGCUCUGUUUGCCCCCCGGCAGCUCUAUUUGUGCAUAAGGAAACUGUACCCAACUUCAUGCAGCUGCUGGAGGCCUUUUGCCAUCUAAAAACAAGGCUGUUGGGAACAGUGGUGGGGAGCCCUCCUUGGCCCACCCGCACGCUCUAGGACAACUUACGGGAAAGGUCCCCAGAAGAGAGAGGAACUGGUAAGAGUCACGUGAGUAUGUGCUGGCAGCUGAGCUCACCAGCUGUGGUGCCCUUGAGCCCAGCUCAGGGCCAUGUGGGCACUGGGUGUUAGGCAGGGAGCACCCAGCCUCAGGCUGCACUGGCUCACAGCCAGGGGAGUGCCAGCUUCCCCCCUCACCUGUGACCCCUUCCCACCUGGAGCCUUUUCUCAACACUCCCCAUUUUGGUGUCUGAAACAGGCCCAACUGUGACUGUUUUGGAGGUGACCUGCUCCUUUUUCAGCUCAUUGGGUCUUGGGGACUCUCCUUGCCUGCUCCCAAGAGCUGUGGGGACUGGCACCUGCUAGGAUGCCACCAUUUACCCGGCCUGGGGGCCUCUCGGAUACUGAGGUGAGGGAAUUGUACACCCGAACUCAGUGCUAGGCAAAGUGGGAGCAUCAUUCGUAAGGACUUAGGGUCUCUUUCAGGUGGGGACCAUGAUCCAAAUUCAGUGCUUGUGAUGAUCCCUUGACAGAAAGCUCAUUUCAAAAGGAUUCUUUUCCCCUCACCUGUACUGACUCACAGAGGCUGCUAAGGAUUUAUAAGACAUUGUUAUCAGGCCACCAGAGACCUGUCUGUACAACUGGAAAGGUUGUAUUUAUUUAAUGUACCUCAAGGUGUUUUAAUAAUCAGUGUUUUAUUAAA